UCUCUGCGUUUCUUCUUUCUCUCUUCUUUUCUCUUUCUCUCAUCUUUCUCUUCUCUUCUAGGCGACGAAAAUGGCGAUUUCUUUUCUUCUUCUUCUUUGUGUUUCUCCUCAACGAAACUCCCUCUCGUUGGGUCAUGUCGACGAAGUUACAGACAGCAUCCCCUCUAUCGGUUGGUGUCCUGUACCGAGGAAGACGGUGAGAUCUCUCUCUCGUGGUGGCUCUCGGAUAAGAAGGAAAACGGUGACUGUUGGCAAAUCGAAAGGGGGAUUGAUCAACUGGCAUCAUCGAGGAUAAACCUUGCUCUCUGUCAGACAAAACCCUCAGGAUUGUUGAUAAAGGUAGUCAAGGAGGGGAAGCAUCAAGCGGCUUUGAUGGAGACACGCCUGCAGAGCCAAAAGGAAGACAGAGAUGGACAGCAUCUGAUGAUGUUGUGCUCAUCAGCGCGUGGCUAAACACGAGCAAAGAUCCCGUGGUUAACAACGAGCAAAGAGCAGGCGCAUUUUGGAGAAGAGUUGCUGACUACUAUGCUGCAAGUCAGGAGGCUACUGCAACUCAGAGAGAGCCAAAGAACUGCAAGCAUCGAUGGCACAGAAUCAAUGACGAAGUCUCCAAGUUCUGUGGUGCGUAUGAAGCGGCUACUAGGGAGAAAACAAGUGGGCAAAAUGAGAAUGAUGUACUCAAGAAUGCUCAUCGCAUAUUCCUCGCCAUUAAGAAUAAGAAGUUCACACUGGAACACGCAUGGAAGGAGCUCCGCUACGACCAGAAGUGGUGUGACCUUGGUACUGCUAAGACCGAUGGGAGGUCGAAGAAGAGGAAGUGUGACGACGUUGCAGAAUCAUCUCCCUCGGAAGCUACUGCAAACAAGCGUCCUCCUGGCAUUAAAGCUGCAAAGGCGAGUGGUAAGAAGAAGGUGCAAUCACUGGGCGAGUUUGAGAGUAUGUGGACAAUCAAGCGCGAGGAUUUGAAAAUGAAACAGGGUAACCAUAGGAUGAGUCUGCUUGACAAGCUUAUGGGCAAAAAGGAACCUCUGACAGAGAGUGAGGAAGCCCUCAAGCAGAAGCUCAUCGAUGACAUGAUGUCUCCUUAGGUGAAGAGAGUGUCACAAGAGUGUUGUUGUCUUCUGUCACGAGAGUGACUGUGUGUGUGUGUUGUUGUCGUCUUGUGUCAUGAGAGUGACUGUGUGUGUGUGUUGUUGUCGUCUUGUGUCACGAGAGUGACUGUGUGUGUGUGUUGUUGUCGUCUUGUGUCACGAGAGUGACUGUGUCUUGUGAGGUCACGAGUGUUGUAGUCUAGUGUCUACUGUCUGUCUUGUGAGUUUGUCUGUUGUAGUCGAAUGUUAUAAAUUCAAACAAUAUGAUGAAGUUAUUGUUAUCAUUUCUCUCUAUUUUCAUCUUGUGAGUUUGUGUCUUUUACGUUCUUGUUCUUCUUUGUAAUUCUCAUCAAACUCCAAUCCCAUAAACCAUCCUCAUCAAACUCCAAUCUCAUCAACCAUUCAAACCAAACUUUAAAGCAAACCAAACUUUAAAGCAAACCAAUCUUGUUUAUUUCAAGAUUAUUUUUUCUAGAUUCUCAAAUCUACAUAAUAAAAUGUCUAUUUUAUGAUUAAUUUGUAAUUAAGUAAAACACUAAUGUUUGUUUAUUUCAAGAUUAUUUAAGUUUGCAUAUUUUGUUUAAAGAUUCUCAAAUCUACAUAAUAAAAUGUCUAUUUUAUGAUUAAUUUGUAAUUAAGUAAAAUACUAAUGUUUGUCUAUUUUUUUUUGAAGAUUCUCAAAAAUCACAUGGCGUCUUCUUCUCAUAACGAUGUUGAGGGUGAUAUGGAUGAAGCUUUCGAUGAUUAUUUUGAUCAAUAUUUUGAUCAAGCAUUCGAGAAUUUGGUGGAUGCUUACGGUGAUCAACAAGACGGAGAGAAGACAAGAAAAAAAAGAGUUUUUAUCGAAAGAAACCGUGAAGAAGGCCACCGCCAGUUAUGGAAUGAUUACUUCAGUGAGACUCCCACAUAUGAAGAAAAUCUAUUCCGACGACGAUUUAGAAUGAGCAGACCAUUGUUCAUGCAUAUUGUUACUCGCCUCUCCAAUGAAGUUGAAUUCUUUCGUCAGAAGAAAGACGUUACCGGAAGGUCUGGUCUCUCUGCACUUCAAAAGUGUACAGCAGCUAUUCGUGUGUUGGCAUAUGGUUCUGCGCUCGAUGCGGUAGACGAAUACAUCCGGCUUGCCGCAACCACUGCUCGGUUAUGUGUGGAGAAUUUUGUGGAAGGAAUAAUUCAAUUGUUCGGCGAUGAGUAUCUAAGAAGACCAACACCGGAUGAUCUUCAACGUCUACUUUAUAUUGGAGAGCACCGUGGAUUUCCCGGGAUGAUAGGAAGCAUCGACUGUAUGCAUUGGGAGUGGAAGAAUUGUCCCGGCGCUUGGAAAGGGCAAUUUUCUCGAGGUUCGGAUAAACCAACUAUCGUUUUAGAGGCGGUUGCUUCAUAUGAUCUCUGGAUAUGGCAUGCGUUUUUUGGAUCUCCAGGUACCUUCAAUGAUAUCAAUGUUCUUGAUCGCUCACCUGUUUUUGAUGACAUAAUAUAUGGUCGAGCUCCGCAAGUGAAUUUCUCGGUGAACGGAAAUCCUUAUUCAAUGGCUUACUAUCUCACUGAUGGUAUUUAUCCGAAGUGGUCAACUUUUAUCCAAUCUAUUUCACUGCCACAAGGUCCGAAAGCAGCUUUAUUUGCUCACUUUCAAGAAGCUACGAGAAAAGAUGUCGAGCGUGCUUUCGGAGUCUUGCAAGCUCGAUUUGCCAUUGUUAAAAAUCCAGCACGCUGUUGGGAUAAAGACAAGAUCGGGAAGAUUAUGAGAGCAUGUAUCAUACUCCAUAAUAUGAUAAUAGAAAACGAACGAGAUCUACACCCUCAAAUUGAUGUUUCCAGUGUUACCAAUUUCUUUCAAGGAGAAGGCAGCGGAAGUUCACAUAUCGAUCUCACAUUUUCUACAAAUAACCCUUCAAGUAUCCCUGAUGAGAUAGGUGUUCGAAGAAAUAUUCUUGAUAAACAACUGCAUCAACAGCUCAAACGUGAUUUAGUUGAACAUAUAUGGCGUAAAUUUGGGCGUCAUCAAGACAACAACUAAGUUUCGAUCCCUCUAUCAAAUUAUUGUUAUUGUCGUUUAUUUACUAAUCUUUGUUUUUAUGUUUUUAUGUUUUUAUGUUUUUAUUUUAAAAUCUAUGUUUUAAAUAUUAUGCUUAACUUUGUUUUUUUAAAAUAAAAUUGUGUUUAA